GUCAGUGACCUACUGUUUACUUUAUCAUCACCUCUCUUUCACUUCUUUCUUUUUAACCUCGCCAAUGGCAUCUCUUUGACCCGUAAUCAACACUCCCCUCUUCUUCCUCAUAUUCCCUCCGUCUAUAUCUAUUUCUCCCUCCUCAUCUGAUUAAUCUUCCUUUUGGCCAAGUAAACAGAGAUGGCUGUAGAGCUCAUGAUGGAUUACAGAAACACAAGUAGGAAUAGUUUUACUAUUUUCAAUACAAAGUUGGAAGAAAAGGCAGUGGUUCAAAAAGCUGCCUCUGGGCUUGAAGGCGUCGAAAAACUCCUCAAAUUGUUGUCUCAAACUCAGAGUCAGUCUCAACAGCAGCAAAAACAGGGGAAUUUAUCUUCUUUCCUAAAGCAAGAAAAUUCCCCUAUGGAGAUUGAAAUGGUAGCUGAUGCAGCUGUUACAAAGUUCAAGAACAUAAUUUCACUUCUUGGUCGAACCAAAACUGGCCACGCUCGAUUCAGAAGAGCACCUACUACUUCCCCUCCAAAAGUCAAGAAAGAUUUUAUGGACAGUAAAGUUUAUUGUCCAACUCCAAUUCAACAAGUUCCUCCAGUCGCCUAUGAGCUUUACGAUCACCAAUUCUUUAAAAAUCCAAGAGAUGGGGUUGUUGAGAACCAAGAAUUGGUUACAAAAAAGAGCAUUAACUUUUCCUAUGGUCAAGAUAUUUCUCGCUCAAAUUCGUUUAAUAUGUCAGCGUUAACAGGGGAAACAGAGAGUUCAUCUUUCAAGAUUUCAAAUCUCUCUUCUGCUGGAAAGCCUCCUUUGUCUACUUCUUCUUCCUUUAAAAGAAAGUGCUGCUCGUCCGAGAACGACCUCUCUGGCAAGUGUAGUGGCUCCUCCGGCCGAUGCCAUUGUUCAAAAAGAAGGAAAUUAAGACUUAAAAGGGUGGAAAGAGUUCCAGCAAUUAGCAUGAAAAUGUCUGACAUCCCACCUGAUGAUUAUUCAUGGAGAAAAUAUGGACAAAAGCCAAUUAAAGGAUCUCCACAUCCAAGGGCAUACUAUAAAUGUAGCAGUGUGAGAGGUUGUCCAGCACGUAAACAUGUAGAGAGAGCUCUGGAUGAACCAACCAUGCUGAUUGUUACGUACGAAGAUUGUGAUAAUGAAUCAAAGUCAUGUAUUUUGUCAUUGUGGAGUUGAAGCUCAUAUUUGCGACACUUGGAAGCCAACAAAUCCAGGAAAGAGGUUUUAUAGGUGCUCAAACUAUGGUCGAGCUAAUUCUUGUAAUUGUUUUAGGUGGUUUGACUCACCUCUUCCAGAUCACUAUAAACAGGUGAUUUCAGGGCUAUUAUCAAGAAUUAAAGAGAGAGAUCGACUACAGCGUAGGAAGAGGGUGAAGAUCACUGUAACUUUAGUUGUUGUAGUAGCACUAAUAAUUGUAAUUUUCUUCUUAGUGUAGUUAGCACUAACUUCAUAACCCUAUGUACAAUGAUAAUGACAGAAUGAAUGAUGUAUUUUUUGUGGAAUGAAAA